CCAUCCUACCCACUGACCACCCCACGACCUCUCCGCCUCCCACGAACCCCCGUACACUUCCAAUCCCAUCCAACCUUCCGUCAUAGCCUUGCACAUCAAUCUCCCAUCGCCAUCUAUCGCUUCCUUCCUUCAUUCUGCCUCUUCCCCCUUUUCCAAUCCUCUGCAACCUUGUCCAUCAACUCGCACCGCCUCACCACUUGUGCCUACAGUCCAAUACUCACCUGUUGUAUGCGCCCACCCGCCUGUUUGCAAUCAAUGUCCCUGCGUACCGCGUUACGCCUUGCGACGCGAGACUUGGGCCCGCCCGCCAAUAUUCCCAUUAUCAUGACUUGUACCUUCCAUAGAACCUGCACAUAUAGCCUCUCGUCCCACUCUUCAACACAAACACAAUUUCUUCUCCCAUCACCUCAUUUUAUUCCGCGUCUCUCGUGCUCAUCUCUAAUUUUCUCCUGUACACACGCCGCCGUCGCGUGCGCAAUCUGCCAUCCAUACAUGUCUUAUCUUGGUAGGUUUGACACAUGUGGCCGCGUCCCUGAAUCCACAAAAACCAUGAUAUACCCGUACCGUGGUUCCACGUAUUAUAUGCACAUAUGUCCAAACUCAAAUUCCCCCUUUGGAUCAGGGAGCACAAGGUUGGAGAACCCCUUCUCCCCUCCCCCCUUUUUUUUUUCUUCUUCUUUUUCAUCAUUCUUUUUCCUGAGUAUUUGGAGAGGAAGAAAUGAUGCUUUCAAGGAAACCGUGUAUCCUGAGUGCGCUGAGUAA